AUGCACAAUUCCAGUGAUAAUUACCUGAGCCAGAACUUGCUGAAGCGUAAAAACAGGAGCAUCAUGCGGAGGACACAUGUCAUUGUGAGACACCAUUCCCCACACCCCCACAAUCUAACCACCCCCAUAAUUCAACAUUCCCCACACUCCAUCAUUCCCCACACCAUCCCCACACUCCAACAUUGCCCUCACCAUCCCCACACUCCAACAUUCCCCACACCCCACCAUUUCCCACACCCGAACAUUCCCCACACCAUCCCCACACCCCAAAAUUCCCCACACCCCAACAAACCCCACACCAUCCCCACACCUAAACAUUGCCCACACGCCCUCAAUCUGCACUCUCCCGCACCGCAUCCUACCCACCCGCGUCUUGUUGUUCUUACUCCGGAUAAAAUCUGA